AUGUCAAUUGAUGUGUCAAUAAUAAUGCCAGUAAGAAAUGCUGCUCAAUGGUUAAAUGAAACAUUUGAAAGUUUAACGAAUCAAACCAUUGAGAAUGACGAGACUUUGUGUGUAAUUGAACAAUGGCGAAAACGAUUAGAAUUGAAAUACAAACUAAUUAUUAACGGGCAUGAAGAUAGUGAAGCUCGCGGCGUGGGCUAUGGGAAAAAUCGAGCAGUUCAAUAUUCAUCGGGUCGAUUUUUAUGUUUUCAAGAUGCUGAUGACCUUAUGUGCCAGAAUCGAAUUCAUGAACAAUAUCAUGUAGCUAUCAAUGAAAAUGAUGAUGCAAUAUUGAUUGGAUCAAAAUAUGAACGAAUUCCCGAAGGAUCAACUGAUCGAUAUACACAAUGGGCUAAUAAUUUAAGUCAAGAGCAACUUUAUACACAAAUAUAUUUGGCGCAUGGACCUACUAUCAUUAUGCCAACUUGGUUUUGUUCGAGAUCUUGGUUUGAUCGAUUAGGAGGCUUUGAUGAAAUAGCUAAAGGUCAUUGUGAAGAUUUAACAUUCUUUUUCAAACAUCUCCGUAAUGGUGGUCGAUUAUAUCGAGUCGAUAAGAUGCUUCUCUAUUAUCGAUAUCAUCCAGAAGCAGCAACAUUUUCUGUACAUGAAGACGUGAUAUGGUCAGUACGUAUUCAAGAAAUGCAAUCAAAUAUUAUUGAUAAUCUUGAAAAAUUAACGAUUUGGAAUGCAGGAAAACAAGGAAGAAAAUUCUAUCGAUCAUUAAAUGAUGCCAAUAAACGAAAGGUGACGUGCUUCUGUGAUAUGGAUCCAAAAAAGAUUUCAAAAGGAUUUUAUACCGAUGAAUUAUCUCAAGAUAAACGUCGUAUUCCAGUUAUUCAUUUUACACAAGCCACUCCUCCGAUUAUUAUUUGUGUUAAACUUGGUUUAACAAACAAUGAUUUCGAAACAAAUCUUUCUUCGAUGAAUCUACGGGAAGGAAUUGACUAUUGGCUUUUUAGCUAA